CCUGAAAAUUGGGCCGGGUGGAAACGUUGGUCCUGGAGGAAGGUGGAUCCCCGAGGAACCUUACUGAGGGCUGAACGCUGGCGGGGGACGUACAGUUACCCUGGCAACGACGCUCUCCCGGUACGAUAGAAGGUGGUACGCGGGAGGAGACGGGACGGGGCUUCCGGCGGAAGUGGCUAGCCUUCCACCGACUGUCAGGGAAGAUGCUGCGUUCAGUGUGGCAGUGGCUUUGCGUUGGACUGUGCAGCCUCCUGCUGGGACAGGCGGAGGCCCCGACCCCCGUGGAGCCUCCAGAGCGGAGCCGGCCGUAUGCGGUGCUGCGUGGGCAGAACCUGGUGUUGAUGGGAACCAUCUUCAGCCUCCUGCUGGUGACCGUGAUCCUCAUGGCAUUCUGCGUCUACAAGCCCAUUCGGCGCCGGUGACAGCUGAGCAAGUCCUUCCAUGAGCAUCUGGUAACGGAAUAAGUUGUGUUGCACGUGGGUCAGUGGAGAAGCUGGAAUCGGAACUUUACUGCUUGGAAGUGAUCUUUGGUCUGGACAGUUGGUAAAUUCUGAACAAUUUAGAAAAAAUAUCUAGCCAUUGUCUUAUCCUGAUGCUGGAAGGCAAGCAUUGGGCCACUGAGUCUGCUUCUCAGUGUUUCUUCUUAUAUCUGGCUGUGCUUGUUAAAAGUAAGACCUGAAGCUCCAGGGUUCAGCGUAAAGAUGGAGUGCUCAGGAGAAAGAAAAUGUAACUUUGCGAGUGGUGAAAAAACCACCCUGGAUAGGAAAAGUCACUAAUGUUUGAAACCGUUACGAGAAGGAAGACUUUACCUGUAGACAUUCCCUACUUAAGAAUCAUUUGGUCAGAAUGGGAUAAGAAUAAUAACAAAUGUUUUUAAUUAUCCUGGGUUGGCCUCGAUGCCCCGUUUGCAGUGUCCGCUGUGGGGAACGUAGGCGGUACCCCCCACCUCACUCCUCCCGCUGCAUGGAGUUCUGUGCUGAUGCCUCCAUUGAAGUCGGGGUCACCAGGUAGGCCUGUGACCACGGGCACCCUUGGGCUGGGAGGCUCUGGGGGUGGCUGGAAGUAUAGCAGUUGGCCCAUCUCAAACACGUUGACUUCCUUGACCUGCACUUAAGCCUUCCCGCCUGUGGCCUGGAAGUCAGGGCAGCUUUUCUGACUCUCAGCAGGCGCUCUUUUCUGCCCUGGGUGGGGAGGGUGCAGGGGCGCAGCAGAUGUGCGUGUUCACUGUCAAGGCCAAGGGGCAAUUGGUGUGUGUUUACACAAUUUAAUUUCCACUUUGAAAAUGCUGCUAUUCAUUUGCACUGUUGGUGAACUGGAACAUCCCUGCGUGGAAAUGAUACUUUCAUUCUUAACAGUAUUUAUUUUAAGGGUGCUAGGCUUAUCUGUGUUACUAAAUUAAAAUGCUUACCUUGUUUUGUGCUCCAUUCUAGCACAGCACUGAUUUUUUUUAAAAAACAACCUGAACUAAAUGUGAAAUAACUGAAGUGGGAUACUGUAACUGACUUAACAAUUUUGAGUGUAACCCUAGCACUGAGCCGCUGACAUGUUCACUGUUCCGUGCUUCUGAGCAAAAUGUCCAUUAAAACGAAAGUAAAAUCUUA